UUCUCCGUGCCUCUGAAAGCUCUGCUUAGUGGCGACCCCUUCUCCAAGCUUCUCUCAGCAAAGGGUUCCGUAUUUCAAUUCUGCCUACGUCGUUGACCCCAGUCGCAGGGUCAGUCAAGGUCUACCUUUCUUUCGUUCUCCACAUCAUCUUCUCAAUCAUGGAAGCCGCUGCUCCAUCCCCAGACAGUAGAGCUGCAGAUUUAUUACAGAAGUUGUCCAUGGAUUCUGAGUCCAAGACUAUUGAAGUGCCGGGCCAUGGAAAUAGGAGUGGACCUGCUUUUUCCGCCGUUGCAUCUAAGGGGUUAAGCAAACCAUUUUAUCCAAAUGCACGCUUUGUUUCAAAUGGAUACCCUGCUGCUUAUUGUUAUGGAGGGUAUAAUGAUCAGAGUAGUGAUUGGAAUGGUUAUUCCAGCUAUGUGAACCUUGACGGCGGGAUGGCUUACGGCGUUUAUGGAGAUACCUGCUCUUAUACGCAUCAUCAAGGUUAUGGCUUCACACCAUAUGGAGUGUAUUCACCUGGUUCUUCUGCUCCAGCCAUGCAACAUGAUUCUGCUCCAAUUAUGCAGCAUAAUGGACAGCUCUAUGGGCUGCAACAAUAUCAGUAUCCUUGUCCCUAUUAUCAAGCUCAAGUUUUUGAGGAAGGACCUAAUGCUCCAAACAAACAUUGUGUCGCACAGAGGGAAAUAUCAGCUGCAGUUACUGUUAAUCAUGCCCCUUCAUCAGUCGUCAUGAAUAAAGGAAAUAAAGUCAGCCUUGUCAAUGGUGAUUGUCCAAAUAGCAGUGCGUUUAAGGCACCUCUAACAAGUUCCUUCAGCUCAUCUAUGAAUUCUAAUGAUUUUUAUCAAGGCGCUAGCUUUCCAUCUUAUGUUCCUUUGUCAGGAUACCAGGAUACAAGAUUUAGUGCUGAUGAAAUCCAAUCGGGGAUCCCUUCAAAUGCUUUAUUGUUUUCUGAGAGGCAAUCUAAACAUGGAGCAAGAUUUGGAUUAUCUUCACCAAUGAUUCCUGGCAAAGAUUUUUCAUCUCAGAGUAAUCAGAAUCUUGCCCUCUCUCUUCCACAUUACAUGGGUGCAAGACCAUCGCCUGGAUUGGAACUGGUUUCUGGUUUCAUGAACAGGAUGUAUCCAAUCAACAAAGCGUAUAACCAAUAUGGAAACACAUGGUCUAGUUCUCCAUAUAUACCUGCUGCUUAUGGAUCUAGAGCAGGGUAUAUUCCCAGCAGGGUUAAAGCCUCAAGUAAUAAUCGUGGGGGCAGUGGCAGUUGGAAAAAGAAUAUGGACGGUUUUAAUGAGAUGACUAAGGGACCUAGAGCUACGAAUUCUGACAAUAAAAGUGACAUUAAUGGCAAACCAGUACCAAUGGUUCCCAUGAAGCACCAGUACAAUGGGGAAGAUUUAUUUGAGAAUUAUUUUGAUGCAAAAUUUUUUGUUAUCAAAUCUUAUAGUGAAGAUGAUAUUCAUAAAAGCAUAAAAUAUAGUGUCUGGGCAAGCACCCCUAAUGGCAACAGAAAGCUAAAUGAAGCAUAUGAAGAAGCCAAGGAGAAGCCUGGUGGCUGUCCUUUAUUUUUGUUGUUUUCAGUUAAUUCUAGUGGGCAGUUUGUUGGUUUAGCGGAGAUGGUGGGUCCUGUGAAUUUUGAAAGUACUGUAGAAUACUGGCAGCAAGACAGAUGGACUGGUUGCUUUCCUGUGAAGUGGCAUAUCAUCAAGGAUAUACCAAAUAUCUUGUUAAGGAAGAUAACACUAGAAAACAAUGAAAACAGACCUGUAACGAAUAGUAGGGAUACACAAGAGGUUAUGUUUGAGAAAGGCAUUCAAAUUCUCAACUUUUUCAAGGAUCAUCCACGCAAAACAUGCAUCCUGGAUGAUUUUGACUUUUAUGAGGGACGGGAAAAUGCGAUGCAGGAAAGAAAAGCUAAGGAACAUCAAUCCCCGAGACAUGUCAGCGAGCUUGGUGACAAUGAGAUAAUUCAGCUGCCCGAGUCUGUUGGUGGAACUUUGGCGAAUCAAUCAGCUCCUGCAGACUUAGCAUCCACGAGUUUGGAUUCAAAAGCGUCGCCAUUAGAAGAGUGUGGAUCGACAGGAGCUCUUGAAGACUCUCUGGUGCUAGAUCCGAAAGUGGCUCCAGAUGAGGUUGCCAGUGCCUGAUAAUUCUUUCCUUCUCUCUUGUUUUCUCAUUCCAGUAGCAGGGGGAUGAGUUCUUGGUCCCUGAUGUAGUGAAGUAUUUCGUUUGGUUUUCUGUGGACUUGUUAAGUAAGUUGAAGAUAUAUUUUAAUAAAACAAAACUCAAUACAUAUAAAAAUUGCACUA